AUAGAUCCCAGCCGGUAGAUUUCUUUUACUCCAACUCCCUGAAUAGUUUUAUUCCUCUCUAGGUAAAUAUAGGGUGGUGGCUUCUGGAUGAGAUGUUUGCUGUUGCUUUUUUCCUCUUGUCUUUGAUGACUUGUCAGCCUGGGGUAGCCAUACAGGAGAAGGUGAACUGGAGAGUCAGUCGGGCUGUUCAAAGUUCUACUCCCACAGCUGUUUCCUGCCAGCUGGGCAACUGGGGAGAGUGGACAGAUUGCUUUCCAUGCCGGGAGAAAAAGUACAGAUACCGGAGCCUCCUGCAGCCAAACAAGUUUGGGGGAACCAUCUGCAGUGGGACUGUCUGGGACCAAGCCAGCUGCCACAGUCCCACAGCUUGUGUGAAGCAAGCACAGUGUGGACAGGAUUUCCAGUGUAAGGAGACAGGUCGCUGCCUGAAACGCCACCUGGUGUGUAAUGGAGACACGGACUGCCUGGAUGGCUCUGAUGAGGACAACUGUGAAGACGUCGGGGUCUUGGAAGAUGACUGCAGCCAGUAUGACCCGAUUCCAGGAUCAGAGAAGGUGACCUCGGGGUAUAAUUUCCUGACCCAGAAAGAAGCUCAGAGCGUAUACGAUGUCAGGUAUUAUGGGGGCCAGUGUGAGACCGUAUACAAUGGGGAAUGGAGAGAGCUUCGGUACGACUCUACCUGUGAGCGUCUCUACUAUGGAGAUGAUGAGAAGUACUUCCGGAAACCCUACAAUUUCCUGAAGUACCACUUUGAGGCCCUGGCAGAUACUACAAUCUCCUCAGAGUCCUACGAUGAUGCAUAUGACCUUUUUUCUAAAGUAAAAAAUGACAAGUCUGUGUCGGCUGGAGUGAUCAUUGGUGUGGGCCCUGCAGGCAGCCCAUUUACUGCGACUGCAGGUGUAUCUGGGUCACGAGACAGUUCGUUCUUGAAUAAGUUAAGCAAGUAUAAUCAGAAGAAAUAUGGCUUCAUAAGAAUUUUCACAAAGGUGCAGACUGCUCAUUUUAAGAUGAGGAGGGAGAAUAUCAUGUUGGAUGAAGUUAUGCUGCAGUCAUUAAUGGAACUUCCAGAGCAGUACAAUUAUGGCAUGUACGCCAAGUUCAUCGAUGACUAUGGCACUCAUUACAUAACGUCUGGAACGAUGGGUGGCAUUUAUGAAUAUAUCCUCGUGCUUAACAAAGAAAGAAUGGAAACAGCUGGUGUUACCAGCAAUGAUAUCAAGACAUGCUUUGGAGGCUCUUUUGGCAUCGACUAUGAGUAUACAGAUACAACACAAGUUGGAGGACGUUUAUCAGGAGAAGCUUGUAAAAAAUUUGGAGGUGGCAAAAUGGGCAAGUAUUUAAAGACAGCGGGUGUGGAAGACAUCAUUUCUCUGGUGCAAGGUGGCAGCUCUGGCUCGGGAGGUGGCUUGACACAAGACAGGAGCAUCAUUACAUACCGUUCCUGGGGGAGGUCAUUAAAGUAUAAUCCUGUUGUUAUUGAUUUUGAGUUGCAGCCCAUCCAUGAGAUACUGCGGCACACGAACCUGGGGCCUCUGGAGACCAAGCGCCAGAACCUGCAGCGAGCCUUGGACCAGUACCUGAUGGAAUUCAAUGCCUGCCGCUGUGGGCCCUGCUUCAACAAUGGGAAGCCCAUCCUCGAUGGUACAAGCUGCACAUGUCAGUGCCCCCUGGGUCGCCAUGGCCUUGCCUGUGAGCAAACGGAGUUAGAGGGAGCCAAGGCGGAUGGUCACUGGGGCUGCUGGAGCUCAUGGUCUGCUUGCAAAUCGGGCACCCGGGAAAGGAGGAGAGAGUGUAACAAUCCUGCACCCCAGAACGGAGGUACCUCGUGUCCGGGCCACAGAGAGCAAACCCAGGCAUGCUGAGGGCUCUGGGCACAGGCUGCAGCUGAGGCAGCAGAUGUCACUGCCUGCGCUGACCACUGGAUACC